AUGAUGGCGACAUGGCGCAAGACAGACAAGAAGAGUGGCGUGGCUAUAUACAAUUUCAAAGGCACGGGAGCACAACAGCUGGCUCUACAAAUUGGUGAUGUGGUCCAUAUCUUAGAGUCCUGUGAAGAUUGGUACAAGGGUUAUCUAGUAAGACAUAAAGGAUCAGAGGGAAUAUUUCCUAAAUCUUUCAUCCACAUCAAGGAAGUUAAUGUUGAAAAGAAAAGACACACAGAAAAUGUAGUACCUGCUGAAAUUCCUUUAGUUCAAGAAGUUACUACUACACUCUGGGAAUGGGGAAGCAUCUGGAAACAGCUCUACGUGACAAAUAAGAAAGAGCGGUUCCAGCAGGUACAGUCUAUGAUGUAUGACUUAAUGGAGUGGAGGUCACAGCUUCUGUCCGGGACUCUGCCAAAAGAUGAGCUUAAAGAACUCAAACAGAAGGUCACUUCCAAAAUUGACUAUGGUAACAAGAUACUUGAGCUAGAUUUAAUAGUUAGAGAUGAAGAUGGAAAUAUCUUGGAUCCAGAUAAAACCAGUGUCAUCAGCCUAUUUCAUGCACAUGAAGAAGCAACGAAUAAAAUCACUGAGCGAAUUAAAGAGGAAAUGUCAAAGGAUCAACCAGAUUAUGCAUCAUACUCCCGAAUGUCUUCAUCCCCCACCCAUAGCCUAUAUGUCUUUGUGCGGAAUUUUGUUUGCCGAAUUGGAGAGGAUGCAGAACUCUUUAUGUCACUAUAUGAUCCACAAAAAUUAACAAUUAUAAGUGAGAACUACUUGGUGAGAUGGGGGAGUAAAGGCUUUCCAAAGGAAAUUGAUAUGCUCAAUAAUCUGAAAGUAGUGUUUACAGAUCUUGGAAAUAAAGACCUUAGCAGAGACAAAAUUUAUUUAGUUUGUCAAAUAGUCCGAGUUGGAAGGAUGGAUCUCAAAGACAGUAACUCAAAGAAAUACACACAAGGACUAAGGCGGCCUUUUGGAGUGGCAGUUAUGGAUAUUACUGACAUCAUAAAAGGAAAAGCUGAAAGUGAUGAAGAAAAGCAGCAUUUCAUACCCUUCCAUCCGGUAGUGGCAGAGAAUGACUUUUUACACAGUCUCCUAAGCAAAAUCACAGCAUCAAAAGGAGACAGUGGUGGACAAGGUCUCUGGGUAACUGUCAAAAUGCUUGUUGGAGAUGUGAUUCAAACUAGGAAGGACUAUCCACACCUUGUAGACAGAACAACAGUUGUUGCUAGAAAACUAGGAUUUCCUGAAAUAAUCAUGCCAGGAGAUAUAAGAAAUGACAUUUAUAUUACACUACUGUAUGGAGACUUUGACAAAUACAAUAAAACAACUCAGAGAAAUGUGGAAGUAAUAAUGUGUGUUUGUGAUGAAGAAGGAAAAACUCUGCCAAAUGCUGUUUGCCUGGGAGCAGGGGACAAACCCGUGAGUGAAUACAGAUCAGUGCUCUACUACCAGGUCAAACAGCCACGCUGGAUGGAAACAUUAAAGGUAGCAGUUCCUAUUGAAGACAUGCAAAGGAUACAUCUGCGCUUUAUGUUCAGACACAGGUCAUCUCAAGAGUCUAAAGAUAAAGGAGAGAAGAAUUUUGCAAUGGCCUACAUAAGGCUUAUGAAGGAGGAUGGAACAACUCUUCAAGAUGGCAUCCAUGAUUUGUUAGUCCUAAAGGGUGACAGUAAAAAAAUGGAGGAUUCUAGUGCAUAUUUGACAUUACCUUCUACACGGCAACACAUAGAAAAUAAAGGAGCAACCAUAGGCAGGAACUCAAGUAUUGUAGGUGGGCUUUCAGUAAGCUCACGAGAUGCAUUUUAUAUUUCAACUCUGGUUUGUUCUACAAAGUUAACUCAGAAUGUGGGCUUACUAGGUCUCUUGAAGUGGCGUAUGAAGCCAGAGCUGCUACAGGAAAACCUGGAAAAACUGAAGAUUGUGGAUGGAGAGGAAGUUGUAAAAUUUCUCCAAGAUACGCUGGAUGCCUUGUUUAACAUCAUGAUGGAACAUUCCCACAGUAACGAAUAUGAUAUCCUUGUCUUUGAUGCACUGAUAUAUAUCAUAGGACUCAUUGCAGACCGUAAAUUUCAGCAUUUUAACACUGUUUUGGAAGCAUAUAUCCAACAGCAUUUUAGUGCAACCUUGGCAUACAAGAAACUAAUGAGUGUUCUGAAGACAUACUUGGAUACCUCCAGCCGAGGAGAGCAAUGUGAACCUAUCCUAAGAACUCUGAAAGCACUGGAAUAUGUUUUCAAGUUCAUUGUUAGAUCAAGGACAUUAUUUUCACAAUUAUAUGAAGGCAAAGAGCAAACGGAAUUUGAAGAAUCUAUGAGGAGACUCUUUGAAUCCAUCAACAACCUGAUGAAAAGCCAACAUAAAACUACCAUUUUGUUGCAGGUUGCUGCUUUGAAGUACAUACCAUCAGUUCUUCAUGAUGUUGAAAUGGUCUUUGAUGCCAAGCUACUGAGCCAACUGUUAUAUGAAUUUUACACUUGCAUUCCACCAGUGAAACUACAGAAGCAGAAAGUGCAGUCCAUGAAGGAAAUAGUGCGCAGCAACCUUUUUAAAAAACAAGAAUGUAGGGACAUUCUGCUCCCUGUGAUUACCAAAGAGCUGAAGGAAUUACUGGAACAGAAAGAUGAUCAGCAGGUCCAAGAGAAGAAGUACUGUGUUGAAUUACUCAAUAGUAUCCUGGAGGUUCUGAGCUGUCAAGACCCUGCAUCAACUUAUCACCAUAUUCAAGAAAUAAUGGUACAGUUGUUACGCACGGUGAACAGAACUGUUAUUACAAUGAGACGAGAUGAUCCCUUAAUUAGUCAUUUUGUUGCAUGCAUGACAGCAAUCUUAAACCAGAUGAACAACCAGCAUUACUCAGUUUACAUUGAAACUUUCCAGACAAGUUCAGAACUAGUGGACUUCUUGAUGGAAACAUUCAUAAUGUUCAAAGAUCUCAUUGGAAAGAAUGUUUACCCUUCAGACUGGAUAGCAAUGAGCAUGGUGCAGAACAGGGUGUUCUUGAGAGCCAUCAACAAAUUUGCAGAGACAAUGAACCAAAAAUUUCUGGAGAAUAUGAAUUUUGAAGUCCAACUGUGGAACAACUAUUUUCAUUUGGCUGUGGCUUUUAUUACCCAAGAUUCACUACAACUAGAAAACUUUUCUCAUGCAAAAUACAACAAAAUCCAGAACAAAUACGGAGAUAUGAGACGUUUAAUUGGCUUUGCUAUCCGUGAUAUGUGGUACAAACUUGGCCAGAAUAAAAUCUGCUUUAUUCCGGGGAUGGUUGGACCCAUCCUGGAAAUGACACUUAUUCCAGAGGUUGAACUACGAAAAGCCACGAUCCCAAUUUUCUUUGACAUGAUGCUGUGUGAAUAUCAAAGGACAGGAGAAUUCAAAAAGUUUGAAAAUGAAAUCAUUUUGAAGUUGGACCAUGAGGUGGAAGGAGGACGUGGAGAUGAACACUACAUGCAGUUGUUUGAGUCAAUUCUUACAGAGUGUGCAAGUCAGUAUCCUGGCAUUUUUAACUUGGUUGAAAGCUUUGUCAACCUAGUUAAAGGUCUCCUGGAGAAGCUGCUGGAUUACCGAACUGUGAUGAAUGAUGAAAGCAAGGAUAAUCGCAUGAGCUGCACUGUAAACUUGCUGAACUUCUACAAGGACAUUAACCGUGAAGGGAUGUAUAUCAGAUAUUUGUAUAAAUUACGAGAUCUUCAUUUAGACUGUGAGAAUUACACAGAAGCUGCCUAUACCCUUCUACUCCAUACAUGGCUCUUGAAGUGGUCAGAUGAACAGUGUGCACCCCAAGUCAUGUCAACAGAGUUCCAGUGUUCACAGACCUAUCGACACUUGAAGGAGAAUUUGUAUGAGAAGAUCAUAGAAUACUUUGACAAAGGAAAGAUGUGGGAAGAAGCCAUAUCUUUAUGCAAAGAACUUGCAGAGCAGUAUGAAAAGGAAGUUUUUGACUAUGAGCUUCUAAGCCAAAACCUGAUUCAACAAGCGAAGUUCUAUGAAAACAUCAUGAAAAUUCUGAGGCCUAAACCAGACUAUUUUGCUGUUGGAUAUUAUGGCCAAGGAUUCCCUACAUUUCUAAGGAACAAAGUAUUCAUCUAUCGUGGGAAAGAAUAUGAGAGGAGAGAGGACUUCCAGGCACAGCUGAUGAGUCAGUUUCCCAAUGCAGAGAAGAUGAACACCACCUCAGCACCUGGAGAGGAUGUGAAAAACUCUCCUGGCCAAUACAUACAGUGUUUUACAGUGCAACCAGUCCUAGAGGAGCAACCUAGGUUCAAAAAUAAGGCAGUACCUGACCAAAUUAUAAAUUUUUAUAAGUCCAACAAUGUCCAUCGGUUCCACUAUUCAAGACCUGUCAGAAAAGGAUCUGUUGACCCCGAAAAUGAAUUUGCUUCUAUGUGGAUUGAGAGAACAUCAUUUGUUACAGCAUACAAACUUCCUGGAAUUUUACGAUGGUUUGAGGUCGUCUCCAUGUCACAGACUACAAUUAGUCCUUUGGAGAAUGCUAUUGAGACCAUGUCCAUGACAAAUGAAAAGAUUUUGAUGAUGAUUAACCAAUACCAGAGUGAUGAGAACCUUCCUAUUAAUCCACUUUCUAUGCUUCUGAAUGGAAUUGUUGAUCCAGCUGUUAUGGGUGGUUUUGCUAAGUAUGAGAAGGCUUUCUUUACAGAAGAAUAUAUCAGAGACCAUCCAGAGGAUCAAGAAAAGCUGAAUAGACUUAAAGAUCUAAUUGCUUGGCAGAUACCUUUCCUUGGAGCUGGAAUUAAAAUUCACGAAAGAAGAGUUUCCGAUAAUCUUCGUCCUUUCCAUGACCGAAUGGAGGAAUGUUUCAAGCAUUUAAAAGUUAAAGUGGAAAAACAAUAUGGAGCAAGAGAAUUGCCAGAUUUUGAUGACAAGAGAGUAGGACGUCCAAGAUCAAUGCUGAGAUCCUAUCGUCAGUUGUCAGUUAUUUCACUGACUUCUAUGAAUUCAGACUGCAGUACUCCAAAUAAAAUUGCUUCAGAAAGCUUUGAUCUGGAAGUAGUGCUACCAAAGCCAGUAAAAGCAGAAUCAGAGGAGAAUGGUCUACAAAUUAAUCCUCACCCUGAAGUUAAGAUGAGGAGGUCCAAAAAAAGAACAAAAAGAAGCAGUGUGGUGUUUGCUGAUGAGAAGACGGCACCUGAUAUUUCUGUCUCUGAUAUGAAAUGUCUGUCAAGGAAAUAUGAGUUCAUGAGUGACACCAACCUCUCAGAGCAUGUAGUGGCACCUCAAAAGACAUCUGUCCUCAAGCAGAUGAGCUCUGUCAGUCGUUCUAUGCCAACUAUUCCAGGAUUAACUCUGUCCGUCAGCCCUGUGUCACCUGAUGAAACAAUUGCAUCACAUAGGCUGAGUCAGCCAGUGUUUCCUUCCACCUCAGAUGGUGACAAGAAAACCAUCAAAAAAAAGAAAGUGAACCAGUUAUUUAAAACAAUGCGUAUUUCCAAAGUUCUAGAAGAUGGAAAGCACUCUGUGGAGCACCAUUUCAAAUCUCCAUCUACAGACCUGUAA